GAUUCUGUUUACAAUUAGCUCAGAAAAACAAAAACGUUGUUUUAUUUCUCAUGUUACACUCUCAACUACCUUUCAAUACCCUCCAUAAAUUGCCGUCACAAUUAUUAUUCAAAAUUGGCUCCAAACUGUUCCACACACUCAAACAUGAACACCACCUGUUUGACAAUAUUUCCCACCAAAAUGUUGCCUCAGUUAACCGUUCCAUGCUUACCCACAUGGACAAAAACCUUCCUUUUCAAGCUCUUGCCACAUUCACGAAGUAUUUUCCUGAACAUGUUGACGAGGUUACUGUUGCCUUGUCCCUCAAGGCAUGUCAAGGAGAGUUAAAACUGGGGUGUCAGAUCCAUGGAUUGGUCGUGUCUAGCGGGUUUGUUUCACGUGUCACGGUAUCAAAUUCUCUCAUGAAAAUGUACUGCAAGUCCGGCAAUUUUGGAAAGGCUAAGCAUGUUUUUGAGAAUUUGAGUCAUCCUGAUAUAGUUUCUUGGAAUACCAUUCUUUCAGGGUUUGGGAAGAGUGUGGAUGCGUUGUGCUUUGCGCGUUCUAUGCGUUCUUGUGGGAUAGAAUUUGAUCCGGUAACAUACACUACUGCUCUUUCCUUUUGUUGGGAUGAUCUUGGGUUUUCCUUUGGGUGGCAAUUGCAUUCCCUUGUUAUUAAAUGUGGAUUUGGUUGUGAAGUUUUUAUAGGAAAUGCACUUAUAACCAUGUAUUCAAGGUGGGGGACAUUAAAUGAGGCUAGGAAAGUGUUUGAUGGAAUGCCCAGAAGAGAUCUGGUUUCGUGGGGUGCAAUGCUAUCGGGCUAUGCUCAAGAGGGGGAAUGUUAUGGGUUGGAAGCGGUUUCAUUGUUUGUUGACAUGGUAAGAAAAGGUAUGUUGCUUGACCAUGUUUCACUUACAGCUGCAGUUUCAGCUUGUGGUCAUAUGAAAAAUUUAGAGCUAGGGAGGCAGAUACAUGGUUUGACCCAAAAAGUGGGAUAUGGAACACAUGUUUCAGUUUGCAAUGUUUUGAUGUCAACUUAUUCAAAAUGUGAGGUCUGUAGAGAUGCAAAAGCUGUCUUUCAGCACAUUAUUAAUAGAAAUGUAAUCUCUUGGACAACAAUGAUUUCUAUUGAUGAAGAAGAUGCAGUGUCUCUCUUCAAUUCUAUGAGAAUUGAUGGUGUGUAUCCAAAUAAUGUUACAUUUAUAGGAUUAAUACAUGCUAUAACAAUAAGGAAUCUAGUGACAGAAGGUCUAAUGAUUCAUGGGUUAUGCAUAAAAAGCUGCUUUUUGUCAGAACAAAAUGUUUCCAAUAGUCUUAUCACUAUGUAUGCCAAAUUUGAGUCCAUUCAAGAAUCAAAGAAGAUUUUUGACGAGCUUAACUGUCGAGAAACAAUAUCAUGGAAUGCAUUAAUUUCAGGGUAUGCUCAAAAUGACUUGUGUAAAGAGGCUUUCCUCACAUUUUUGUCUGCAGUAAAGGAGAUAAAGCCCAACCAAUACACAUUCGGUAGUGUCUUAAAUGCUAUUGCUGCUGCUGAGGAUAUAUCUUUGAAGCAUGGGCAACGUUGUCAUUCUCACUUGCUCAAACUUGGUUUAAGCACUGACCCAAUUGUUUCAGGGGCUCUGCUUGACAUGUAUGGCAAGCGUGGAAGUAUAAGCGAGUCUCAAAGAGUGUUCAACGAGACACCUGAAAGAACCAAGUUUGCUUGGACAGCAAUUAUAUCUGCCUAUGCCCGGCAUGGAGACUAUGAGUCAGUGAUGAGUUUGUUUACAGAAAUGGAGAGGGAAGGAAGCAGUCCUGACUCCAUCACUUUCCUGUCUGUUUUAGCAGCAUGUUGUAGAAAGGGAAUGGUUGACACAGGCCAAAGAAUCUUUGACUCUAUGGUGAAAAAACAUUCGAUUGAGCCAACUCCUGAGCAUUAUUCUAUUAUGGUGGACAUGAUGGGCCGUGCUGGACAACUAGAUGAAGCAGAAGAGUUGAUGCAACAGAUUCCAGGAGGUCCUGGAUUGUCUGUGUUGCAAAGUUUGCUUGGCUCUUGUAGAUUACAUGGGAAUGUGGAGAUGGCUGAGAAGGUUGUUGAUAGUUUGAUAGAAAUGGACCCUGCUAGUUCAGGUCCAUAUGUGUUAAUGGCAAACUUAUAUGCUGAGAAAGGGAGGUGGGAGAAAGUUGCUGAAGUGAGAAAAGGGAUGAGAGGAAAGGGUGUAAAGAAGGAAGUGGGAUUUAGUUGGGUGGAUGUAGCUAAUGUUGACUCCUUGUAUUUGCAUAGUUUCUCCUCUGGGGAUAAAUCACACCCAGAGUCUGAGAAUAUUUGCAGAAUGGCAGAGUUUUUGGGAUUGCAAAUGAGAUUUUUGAAAGAGAGAAGAGAGAGGGAAAGAGAGUUGUAUCAUGAGUAA